AAGACGGAACAAAUUUUCAGCAGAUCGUGUUAUGUUUUAAGACUGCUACAUCUUUCCGUCGUUACGUGAUGUCCGAUGCCGAUGACUGUCAAAAAGGCUCCUUGGACGCCUCCAGAUCGGACCAGCAGCAGUCUAAACAUGCUGAUGACAACUGCGGUGUCCAAAAUGACACCGAGAACCUUGAUGUUGACCAGGCUCUCAAAAGUGUUUCACAGGAACUGGAUUCUCAUGUGUACUCGGCUACCUCUAUUGUCCUGCCCAGUCAGCAGAAAGCAACCAGAACCCAUCCACUGACUCUGAACUGGGCAUUUGGCAUCAACAGCAGGCUCCCAGUGUUCUGCCUGCAGGAUGAUGAGCGCCUGGUCAUUCUGUAUGUCUGUGCACAUGUGGCUGUCAUGUAUGACCACACCACCAACACACAGCACCUGCUUCAGGGCCACUGUAGCCCGAUCUCCUGUGUGUGUGUGAGUGAGGACCGCCGCUGGCUGGUGACUGCAGAUAAGGGUCAGGACAGCCUGGUUAUUGUCUGGGACACGUAUACUUGCAUCCCUGUGCGGACCCUAUUUGAUUGUCAUCCUGAAGGGGGCACUGUUGCAUUAGCCCUGUCUCAUGACUCCAAACAUCUGGUUUCGGUUGGAGCUGCUGCAGGAGUGCAGCAGCGUGUGUGUAUCUGGGACUGGACCAGUGAAUCAGAGAGUCCUCUGUGUGUAACCGAACUUCCUGAAGAGUUUGGCACUCAGAAACACAUUGUGUUCAACCCCAAUGACAACACCCAACUGCUCAGCACCAGUGAGAGCAGGGUGCUGUUUUACACAAUGGAGGGGGCGACUCUGCAGUACUCGGCCCCUGAGAUCUCAGACAAGACGUUCAAUAAGGCGGUGGGUGCGUUCACUCACUCGGUGUUCCACAGCGGAGGAGCGCAGGCCUUCAGCGCCACCUCGCUGGGCAACCUGCUGAUGUGGGCACAGAGGACGGAGGGCACGGGCACAGGCUCCAGCUACACGGCACUCAAGCUGGUCCCGCUGCAGGAGGACGCCAUUACUGUGCUCACUCAAAUAGACAGCUACAUAGUCAUAGGUGACAGCCGGGGUCAUGUAAAGUUCUAUGACGGCAGGAUGAAGCUGAUCAGCCACUACAGUGACUUUAACCUGGACUCCAUCAGCUCGCUCUCAUUCAGCACCACUCUGCCCACCGGCCCCAUGGGACACCCCCGCGACUGCACACUCACCGCCCAGCCCUUCGUCAUUCAGAACUUGGUCAUCUCCACAGAGACGGCUGUAGUGGUGCAUGUGACCUCUCAGGGAAGUGUGGUGCAGACCCUGCUGAAGGAGCAUGCUGAUUCGCUGCAGGCUGUGGCCUGUCACCCACGGCAACCUGUUGUUGCCAUGGGCAGUAACAGUGGCAUCCUCAAGGUGUGGGACUACGAGCAGAGAAGGUUGGUGUGUAGCCGCCUGUUUCAGAAAGACCCUCAGAUUCAGUGCCUGGCCUACGAUCCAUACGGAGUGUAUCUGGCAGUGGGCUUGGCAAAUGGAGUGGUGUGUGUGUUGGAUGCCUGCAGCCUUCAUUCAGAGGACGUGGACAGCUUCAGCUACAGCUCUGACUCAGUCACACACAUGGCCUUCUCGCAUGACUCCCAUUACCUGGCCGCCGCUGAUGAGGGUAAGGCGGUGACGCUGUUCCGCUUGUGUUCAGAAGAGGGCGCCCAGCGCUGGCGCUACCAGGGCCGCCACCACUCCCACUACAUGCCCAUCCGGGACCUGCUGUUUGGAGAGCAGCUGGACACUGGCCUGCCCAGACUCCUGUCCCUGGGAGAGGAUCGCAGGCUGGUGGAGUAUGACCUGCAGGCCAGUGGUGAUGAUAGACUGGUGAUCCUGAGUGCUGAGCGGCUGGAGCAGAGUGGAGUGCCCAUGUGCAUGACCUGGUACCCGCCGCUCACCACGGAGCACUUCCUGCUCACCGCAUCCCACCUCUACAAGAUGAAGCUGUACAACAGCACCACCAAAAUGUGCAGGAAGACAUUGCUGGGACCCUGUUUUGGCUCCCCUGUCAGGAAGAUGAUGUUGUUGCCACAGAACAGUGAUGGAGACUCCAGCGCCCGCUACAUGGCUUACAUCACCACAGACAAGGUGGGGUUGCAGAUCCUCCCUCUGGAUGGGAAUCCUCAUCGCUGCAAUGCCCAGCUGUGUCACCCCAUGGGGGUGUCCGGCUUGGCCGUGUCUCACGAUGGCCGCUACGUUUUCACAGCGGGGGGAGCCGACUGCACGGCUUUCUGCUGGGAGAUCAGCCUCAGUGCACUGGAGGCUGCCGCAGCCCUGGGUGGUAAAGACCUCGACCCUUUUUACAGCCUGCUGGAGGGAGGAAGAGAUGGCGAACUCUUCAGGGAAAUGGAGGAUUACUUCUACUACAGUCAGCUGCGCAAUCAAGGCAUUGACAGCAUGCAGACGCGGCAGGUGUCCACCCACAUCCCGCUGGCAGAGGUGCCCUUCGUCAUGAGGGCCCUCGGCUUCUACCCCACCGAACAGGAGCUGGAGGACAUGCAGAACGAGGUGAAGUUCAGUCGCUACGCAGAGACGGGCCAGUACGUCACGCACGUAGACCUGCCGGAGUUCAUCCGUCUGUUUGUGAACCACCGGCCGGCGCUGGGCCUCGGGCUGCAUGAGCUGCAGUGGGCCCUCAGCGUCCUGGGGGAGAGCGAUGGCACCGGGGACACACAGAUCCCCCGAGACCUCCUGAUGGAGCUGCUGCAAGCCAGAGGAGAACACAUGACAGAGGAAGAGCUGGCAGAAUGUUUCAGCACACUACUUGGGGUCAGCUCAGAAGGCGGGAGGUCAGAAGCAGGCAGUACGCAGCGGUCAGACACAGAGACACUCCUCGAUACGGAGAUCCCUGCAGAGAUCACCUUGGAAACAUUUGUUAAAGGCAUCCUGGGAUUUCCUCUUAGCAACAAAGAGGCCUCAAGCUCCUCCUCCGACAUCUCCUCACCUCUGCCUUCAAAAGACUCCAAAGAAGUACAGUCAAGGACACUAGUUUUAGAGCAGCAUUUGACACACAGUGACUCUUAAACCCAGAACACCCAGUACUUUCUAUUGAAUUUCACAUAAUUAAAAUGAGAAGUUUUGAAGGAAGUAAACUAGACGUUACAGUAUGGAAGCUUGGAAAACUCCUUGAACACAUGGAAACAUUCUGUGAUGACCAUAGAUUUUCAUACAGUCUGUUUUACAGAACUAAAUUUUUUGGAAGUAUGUGGAGCAGUAGCAGUUCUAACAUGUGUUCACCAUAAGACUGGGUAUCUGUUUGUUGUGGAAGUUCCUUCAGGGCAAGCACUUCUGUCUGACUAUGUGCAUCAGACAAUUAAAAUCCAAAUAAUUUACUUACAAAAUAAAAGUUUCAUUCAAUUGUCUGACAUUGAUAGUAUACUAUAUUUUAUCUUUGGUUAACAGCGUUAAAAAAAAAAUGAAAUGCCCAAAAUUCGUGUUUGACU